AUGGAAGAACAAAGAGUCGAAGGAAAAGCAAACAGCAGUUACAAUCUUGAACCCUUACCAAUUAGCAACGAAGAUAUACUAUUCUGCAUUAACAUUGAUCCUCAAUCCAUCACUCGUUUUGACGCCAUUAAGCAAUCCAUCCUUCUCUUUGUCAAUGCCAAACUCACCAUCAAUCCUCAACACCGUUUCGCUUUCGCUACUCUCUCCAAUUCCGUUUCAUCGUUGAUGAAAGAGUUUAGCAGCGAAGAUGAGUCAACAAUAGCAACAGUGCGAGGAUUUUCUGCUACUACAUCUACCACUCAACCAGACCUUAUUACUUUGUUUCAACUUGCUGCCCAUGAAGCUAGAAAAUCCUGUACGCAGGGUCGCAUUUUAAGAGUGAUUCUAUUCUACUGCAGAUCAACUGGGCGCCCACAGCAUCAGUGGCCUGAGAACCAGAGACUCUUCACUUUGGAUAUCAUGUACCUUCAUGACAAACCUGGCCCUGACAGCUGCCCCCAAGAGGUCUAUGAUACACUGGUCGAUACUCUUGAACAUGUCCUGCAAUUAAUCAAACAACAGCUCAAGGCUGAGGCCACCACAACUGUGAACGGAGGGCGUGUUUUUAGAGAAGAAGAAGCAGCAUCAGAAGCGAGAAAAGUGACAAGAAGACGUACCUAUACGUCGAGACCUUCAUCAGAGCCUUUUAUUCUCCAUCACCGUCGUGAGGAAUUGCCGGAUGGGAGGGGAUUUACGGCGAUGAAGAUGAAGAGACCAGCGGCGCCGUCGUGGAGGAAGAAGGGCGAUGCAUAA